AUAGUUUAUCGGUCUCUGGAAGUGAAGUCGAUGUCAACAGACAGACCGAGUCCAUGUGCGAACGAGCCUCUCGAGCGAGCGCGGGAGAUCUGGAGACACCUCCUUCUUGCGCCUCAGGUUUGGUUGAUAAACCUCAGCUCCUCGAACCACCAGUUACUCCUGCACCGAGGAGAACAGUGCGUCUGAGAGCCACGGUCACGGAGACGGGAUUUGCGCCUGUCACACACGGUCUCUCAGAUCAACAGUUCUGUGCUAUGCAAAAAAAUAAGAUGAGACAACUUGGGUACUAAAAGAAAACUGGUGUUGGGAAGGAGCAGCCUUGCGUUGGACAAUUCCUCUUCAUUUCCUCGCCUCUCAAGAGACUAAACCAGACAGACUGUGCUCUUGAAAUCGUUCAUUUCAAGAGAAAUUCAGCAACUGAUGGCAAUGGAGCGGUCUCAUCUGAACAACAGCUCCGGCUCUUGGUUAUUGGAGGAUCCCGCCUGUCCAACCUCCCUCAGCAGCACCACUUUCCUCAUCGUAGCAUACAGCACCAUGUUAGCAGUGGGCCUGGUGGGCAACACUUGCCUGGUUUUGGUCAUUACACGACAAAAGGAGAUGCGCAAUGUGACUAACAUCUUCAUCGUCAAUCUCUCAUGCUCUGAUAUCCUUGUUUGCUUGGUGUGUUUACCAGUCACCAUUAUCUACACGCUUAUGGAUCGAUGGAUUUUGGGUGAGGCUUUGUGUAAGGUGACGCCGUUCGUUCAGUGUAUGUCUGUAACAGUUUCAAUUUUCUCCAUGGUUCUCAUAGCCUUGGAAAGGCACCAGCUCAUCAUCCAUCCCACCGGUUGGAAACCAGUUGUCAGACACUCUUACCUGGCUGUCGCGGUUAUCUGGAUCAUAGCAUGUUUUAUCUCCCUUCCAUUCCUUUCGUUCAACAUCCUCACAAACUCGCCCUUCCACAACCUCAGCCUUCCCUUCAAUCCCUUCAGCGAUCACUUUAUAUGCAUUGAACAAUGGCCAUCUGAGGGGAAUCGACUGACUUAUACCACAACGCUGCUGCUGUGCCAAUACUGCUUACCAUUGGCGCUCAUUCUCGUCUGUUAUUUUCGCAUAUUUUUGCGUCUGAGUCGCCGUAAAGACAUGGUCGAAAGGGCUCGAGGUGGGCGGCAGAAGAAGACCAAAGGCUCAAAGCGAGUUAACGCCAUGCUAGCCUCGAUUGUAGCCGCGUUUGCCCUCUGUUGGCUGCCACUGAAUGUUUUCAACACGAUUUUUGACUGGAACCACGAAGCAAUUCCAGUCUGUCAGCAUGACGCCAUUUUCUCAGCUUGUCACCUCACUGCCAUGGCGUCGACCUGUGUGAACCCAGUGAUCUAUGGGUUCCUAAACAAUAACUUCCAGAAGGAGCUGAAAUCGUUGCUUUCCAGGUGCCGCUGCUGGGGGCCACCCGAGAGUUAUGAAAGUUUUCCUUUGUCCACUGUCAGUACAGGCAUUACUAAGGGGUCUAUCCUGAGCAAUGGCUCUGCUAGCACCUAUCAACCACACAAGAAACACAGUUUGGAACAGAAAGAGACCAUUUAAAUGUGCUGGAUGGACUAUAAGGCUAUGUAUCUACCUACAUUUCAAGCGUCCAGAGGUGGCUUGAGAGCACCGCCAGUCAGUCUGUGCAAGAUUAGUGACUGAUUUUAAGGUUUGAACAGAGAAAAUCUGUGACAUUCAAAGUUCUCAUUGCUAAAACAUGUCCACUUGUCUUCUUUAAACACAAAAAUGGACUGAAACAUAUUAAGGAAAGGCUUACUAUAGCUGGGCUCUGCAGAGGAGAACCAUGUCAUGAUAAAUAUCAUUGCAAAUUGCGUUGCAGUUUUAACCACUGCUAAAAUGACUUUGGCCAAUUAAAUAUGCUGGUUUUGUGGCCAUUAUAUGGUGAGUUCUCAAUGGCACAGAAAGCCAUUUUUGCCAAUUAGAGCAAAGUUCUCUCUGAGAGACUUUAUAAUGAAAUACUGAGUGGAGGAGGCCUUUUCUUGUCAAAGUCUUUUUCAAUAUAUGUGACUUGGUAAAAAAAAAAAAAGAAGAAAAAAAAAGAAAAUGAAAUGACUUCUUUGGUUCUUUUCACCAUUAAAUGAAUAGUUUGCCUAAAAAUAAACAUUCUGUCAUCAUCACUCAUGUUGUUCCAAUCCUGUGACUUUCUUUCUGCUGUGAAACACAAAAGCACCAAAAAUUAUCAUAAAACUAGUACAUAUGACUAUGCCUUGACAUGUAAUUCAUGUCAUUUUAACCAAAAAUCAUGCAGUGAGCUUGGUAUGAAUCAGUAAAAUGAUACAGAUCAGUUUGAUUUGCAAAUGGAUCAUUCAUACAGCUAUUUUGAUCUGAUUCACUGUAACUCAUUCAUUGUAAACAUCUGGCUCAAAGUAAUGAUUCAAUCUCUAAUGAACAUAGUAUGGAUUCAAAAAACAUGAAAUGUAGCACAUGACUCGUAUGGAAUACUUUUAUGUUAUUUUGUCCUUCUUUUUGAAGUUUGAAAGCUUUGGUUGCUAUUUGUUGUAAUUAAAGACCAAUCUUUUGUGUUUUACAAAGGAAAGAAAGUUAUACCAAUUUGGAACAUUGUGAACAUGAUUAUAUUAUUGUUAACUAUUUCUUUAAAGGAACGUAAAGAACUAGCAAUAUGUGUAUAACGUGUACAUUUAAAAUCAGUUGUUAUUAUACGUCAUCAGGACUAUAUAAGCACAUUCUGUCAUUGAUUAGUAGUAGAAUGUAUCCUAUUUUAAACUGAUAUGUACAAAAAUUUACACAUUUUGUUGCUCUGUGUGAGAGGUGUAAUUUGUUUUAAUGAUCUAAAUGUUAGUCAAUAUAAUCACACUGUGUCCUUCAUAGAAAGGCUUUAUUUGCCAGAGAUAUCCAAGUGAAUUAUAGAUUCAGUUCUUCAUUUGCACUUUCACUGGACUGCGGAUCUAUACUAAACUAUGUACAUGUUGUAAGAAGCAUUUGUAAAUAAUGUUUCAACUAGUACUUAGAAUAAUAACACUUUGACACACUCUGUUAGAUGUCAAGUAAUAUGUAUGAAAUGAUCAAUCAACUUUAUUGGAAAUUUCUAGUAUUCACGUCACUGAUUUAGAUUAUGUUGCCACUUAGUUUAGUAUAUCCUUGUAAAAAAGAAGUGUGCUUAAUUGAAAUGAAUGUGAGCUUGGAGUGUUCUUAAAAUAUUCAAAGUACACAAAACAACUCUACUUGAUGAUAAUAUAUUACUGAGGAAAUAAAAAGUCACUUAAGUGUAUAAAAAAAAGAGUUCACUUUCAUGACUAUAUUCCUAACACACUUAAGUACACUUUAUAAAAAAUUUUUUUUAAACAUAAUUAAUUUUUUUUUGUUAUGCUUUAAAUAAGAACAUUUAUUUUAAAGCACAAAAAGUAAAUGUCCAUAAUUUAAAAGGUAUUAAAUAUUAUAUUUCAAGUUUGUAUAUUGUAAAUGUUCUAAAUUGCAAGUUCAUCAUUACAAGUAUUUUUCGGUUUCAGUAGUGAUGACAUUAAAGUAUGUUAUAGUUUAACAUAAAUGCAGUAACCAUAUUUCAAAUACAUCAGACGCAAUUGUGAAAUAACAUAUAAGGAUAUUUUUUUAAAGUACUUUCAUAAAUAAUUGCAUUUAAUAUAAAUGUAAGUAUGUAAGUAUUUUAUUUACAUUUUCAUUUAAUUGCAAUGACCAUUCAAUUAACUUCAGUACACAUUCAGGUCACACUUAAGUAUAAUGUUUUAAAUGUUUUAAUAAUGCUCUCAUAAGUGUUUGCUAAAGUUUACUUCUUUUUAACAAGGGUAUACUCAUUAUACAGAUACAUAUCUUACCAUCCUUACGUAUUUUUCUUGUGGCAGGAUUGUUAAAACAAUGUACAGGUUUAUGUCACUGUACAGCCAACCAUUACAUGCUGCUAUUGCCCUGUCCCAACUGACAACCUCAUUUUUGUGUUUCUCCUCAUAAUCUAUAUUUUAGUGACAUAAUGCCACAUAAGCUCCAAAAAAGUAAUUUGCUGUGAAGGUUGCAAAAGGACACAUAGAAGACAACAAAUGCAUGACAAACAUAACAUCCUCUGGCACAGGUCCACGUAAGGGCAUAAUUUAAGACAAGGCCUGAGUUCUCACUGAUGAUAUAUAGCUUGAUAUUCAUUUAUUAUUUUCAUACCGCUUAGUUAUUUUACAGUUAAAGGGUUAGUUCACCCAAAAAUGAAAAUUAGACCAUAAAUUACUCACCUUGUAUUCAUCCUAGGUGUAUAUGACUUUCUUCUUUCAUACGAAUGCAGUCUGGGUAAUAUUAAGAAUUGUCUUUGAUCUUUCAAGCUUUUGAUGCUAAUCAGCAUGUGUUGUUCUGCAUCAGUCAAAGAGAAUUUUAAUAAAAAGCUAAUCAAUUAAAAAAAAAAAGUUUCUCACAUGGCUCUGGAGGGUGAACAAAUGCCUUCUGUAGCAAAUCCAUGCGUUUUUGUAAGAAAAAUAUCCAUAUUAAAAACGUAAUAAUCACUAAAAUCUAGCUUGCGCUCACUGUUGUAAAACAGAAGCAGCUCCGGGGAAUGACGUAUGAGGUCAGCGCUGCGCAUGCGCCGGUGAGUCUCCUGAAAACCAACUUUUGUUAACAUGAGUAAAAUAAAGCAAACUUUCCUUACUUUAGCAAAGAAAAAACAGUCUCUUCUUGGCUUAUAUGGAAAUCCUCCGACAUUCUACUUUACAAAUCCAUGUUUUGUACUUCUAAUUAGUGACCGUUGUUUUGUUCUGAUCGCUCCGCUGUGUUUCUGCAUGCAUGAUUUCUGAAUGGUGCUUGCACAAAGCUGACCUCAUACGUCAUUGCUUCAUUUACAACAGUGAGAGCAUGCAUUAUAAUGAUUAUUAUGUUUUAAAUAUGGAUAUUUUUCUUACAAAAAUGCAUCGAUUUACUACAGAAGGCCUUUAUUACCCUGGAGCCAUGUGAGAGACUUUUUUUGUAAUGGAUUGGCUUUUUAUUAAACUUAUCAAAGACUAAUGCAGUGUAACACCGGCUGAGUGGCAUCAAACAACUUGAAAGAUCAAAGACAAUUUUUUAAAUAACUCCAACUUGGUUCAUAUGAAAGAAGAAGACCAUAUACACCUAAAAUGACUUCAGGGUGAGUAAUUUAUGGCUUAAUUUUCAUUUUUUGGGUAAACUAACCCUUUAAGUCCUCAGAGACACAAUGCUCUUCUGAUGUGUCAAACAAAGCACUCAUCACACCAUAGCACUGAUAGCACACUGACUAUAUAACGUUUGUUCACUUCUGACACAUACUGUAUAGCUGCAAGUUUAUUCUUAUUGAUUUAAUUGAUUGUGUUUUGCUGAAACGGUCCAUGGUGGUUUUAGGGCCUGACUGAGUGGGGAAAUUUAUGUUUUAACUAUACUAGCUUGAGUUUCCCAAAAGUAGGGUUGAUUCAAGAGUGAAAUGCAUUAAUGUGUGGCCAUAAAAAACAUUAUAGCCAUUCACCUGGAAAAGUUAAACAGUCAGACACCAUUUACAAAGAUAUUUAUGGUGUGAUAUGGUGUUUUUCAGAAGCAUCAGUAGUUUUCCUCUCUCUGGUUUUCACAUAUUGGAGAGUCAGUUAUUGACUGGACAGCCUGCAAUGAGGAAAAGCUAUAUUCCAGCAAUACACCUUUAGAAAAUUGCUUUGAGUUUUUAUGUGGAUCAAUACUUUUUUCUCAUUUUCUUUUUAUUUUGCUGGCCACAAUGAGUGGAGUGUGCCUGAGGUCAGUCAGCUGUUUAACAUAAAGCUGAUAUCUGGACUGCUCGCAAUAAAGCAUUUACAACAGACCUGCCAUAAAUACAAAGUCACAUAUGGCAAAAUUUCCAUUCAUGAGGCUGAAAUAUACAGUAUAAAAUCACUAAAGUAUCUGAAAAUCUCCUGGACACAUUGCAGCUCCAAACACUAAAUAAACUAUACACAAUUGUACUGUUGAUUUUAUGUUAUUGAGUAUGCAAAACUUUAUAAUUUGCUGUUCAGGACAAUUCAAUGUGCCAUACAGAAAUUUGUGUCAUGAUUUAUUUAUAUAUUUCAGAACUAUUUAACAUAUUCAAUUUGCUCUAUUGUCUUAUAGUUUCUACAUUAACCAGAAUCAACAAAACACUAAAUUAUUUAACUAAUUUGACUCAUUUCAUAAGAAGUAACACAAAUUAUGAAUAGCCUAUAUCCAUUUUCUAGUCAAUUAAAUAAAAUUAAAAUUCUGCUUUAAAUGCUUUGUUUUGUGAAGAAUUUAGAUGGCCAUCUAAUAAAGGAUCAGCAGAAAUACCCUCAACAGUGUAGUCAUUUGUACAUUAUUCAUCAUGUCAUUGGAUAUUUGGUAAUGAUGUACAUAUAAAGUGGACCAAAGCUUGUAUUGAACUUAUGUAUAUUAAAAUUUUAAACCUCCA